AUGACAUUAUUCUCAUUGUUGUUGUUCCUGGCUGCUAUGCUGCCCCUAUCCCUUCUUCAAGAUAACUAUGAGAAUCAAGUUCUUGAGGAUUUGUCAACCACCAGAGAGUCAACCCAAGAAGAGAUUGUAAACAAACACAAUGAACUGAGAGGUUCGGUUAAUCCACCUGGUAGUGACUUACUGGAGAUGGAGUGGAACAGUGAGGCCCAAGCAAAUGCACAGGCCUGGGCAAACCAGUGCCCUUAUGACUAUAGUUCUCAAGAAUCUAGGACAAUCAAAAACUUAAGAUGUGGUGAAAAUAUCUUCAUGGCAUCUUACCCAGCAUCAUGGUCUCAGGCCAUCCAAAUCUGGUAUGAUGAAUCCAAAGAUUUUAUGUUUGGUUCAGGGCCAACAACAACGGGUGCAGUAGUUAGACAUUAUACUCAGCUAGUUUGGAAUUCUUCUCACCAAGUUGGAUGUGGAGUUGCUGAGUGCCCUAUCCACCCAGUGAGAUAUCACUACGUUUGUCACUAUUGUCCUCUCGGUAAUUUACAGAACAGGCUAUACACCCCUUACACAGAAGGAAAACCAUGUGCCAGUUGUCCUAAUGACUGUGACAAUGGACUGUGCACAAACAGGUGUUACUAUGAAGAUAAGUAUUCUAACUGUCCAGAAUUGAAAGCAUCGCUAAGCUGUGAACAUGAACUGACUAAAGAAGGCUGCAAAGCUUCAUGCAACUGUGAAGACAAAAUUCAUUAA